AAUUUCUAAAGAUGAGAAUUGAUGGCGCCCAAUGCAUAAUGUUCCCAAACCCAAACACUUGGUGUUGUAGUGUGCCCCACAUGCAGUGAGACAGGAGUUUUAUGCAGCUUUCAUUCACUGAUGACUGCCCAUUUCUCGUGAAGAAUUUCCAUUUCCUUCUCAAUCUUCACACUCAGACCCACAAAUCUCUCUCUUUUUCUCUUCUCUUUCAGACACAACACAAGAAAACACCUGGUCCGUGAACUCUGUACCUAAGCAUUGUACCCUUCUCUCAUAAUUUCAUCACUGAACACAGAAAACGUCGCUUUCUCCGUUGCUUCCGCAGUUCCAAUCUUCUUCUGCUUCAAAGACUAUUGUUGCUGAAAGGUUCUAAAGGUUUCACCUUGAAGCUCUGCAUCUUCAUUUGGAGAAGGUGAUACAAGGUGGUGUAGCUGGUUUCAAUUCCUCACAUUUGCAGAAUAAAGCAAAAGGGAAAGUUCAAUUUUGAAGGAAAUUUGGAUUUUUUUGAGUGUGAAAAGCAAGAAGCAAAAGUUGUUGCUGCUGUGGUAGUGUGGUACUGCAGGGUUUGGUAGAGCUUUGAUCAGAGUUUUGGGUUUUGGAGAAGAACACUGUUGUGUGGAGUGGAAGCACUAACUCUUCACUUGAUGGGAAUUCUUUGCUUGUUGCAUCUUCUGCUAGGUUGGUGGUACCUAUCAAAGUGUGAGCUUGUUGGUGCUGAGUUCCAGGACCAAGCUACAAUUAAUGCUAUCAACCAAGAGCUUAGAGUACCUGGAUGGGGUGAUGGAAACAAUUCAAAUUACUGCACUUGGCAAGGAGUCAUCUGUGGUAAUCACUCAAUGGUGGAGAAGCUCGAUCUUGCUCACCGGAACCUUCGAGGUAAUGUGACUUUAAUGUCUGAGCUCAAAGCUCUGAAGAGGCUUGAUCUUUCAAAUAAUAACUUUGGUGGAUUGAUUCCUCCUGCUUUUGGAAUUUUAUCUGAUCUUGAAGUUCUAGAUCUGUCUUCUAAUAAGUUUGAAGGUUCAGUUCCACCACAGUUGGGUGGUCUCAGAAGCCUUGUUUCAUUAAACCUUUCAAAUAAUGUGCUUGUGGGAGAGAUACCAAUGGAACUUCAUAGGCUAGAGAAAUUGCAAGAUUUGCAAAUUUCUAGUAAUCAUUUGAGUGGUUUUAUACCUUCUUGGGUGGGGAAUUUGACUAACCUGAGAGUUUUUACUGCUUAUGAGAAUCGUUUAGAUGGCAGGAUUCCAGAUGAUCUAGGCUUGAUUCCUUAUCUUCAAAUACUUAACCUGCAUUCUAACCAGCUAGAAGGUCCAAUACCAGCAAGCAUUUUUGCUUCAGGGAAGCUAGAAGUUCUGAUUCUCACCCAGAAUAAUUUUAGUGGUGACCUUCCUGAGGAAAUUGGGAAUUGCCAUGCCCUUUCCAACGUUCGCAUUGGAAACAACCAUUUAGUAGGCACUAUUCCUAAAACCAUUGGAAAUCUUAGUAGCCUAACCUACUUUGAAGCCGAUAAUAAUAAUCUCUCCGGUGAGGUAGUUUCAGAAUUUGCUCAGUGUUCUAAUCUCACCCUCUUGAAUCUAGCUUCAAACGGAUUUUCCGGAACAAUUCCACAAGAAUUUGGACAACUUACGAACCUUCAGGAGUUAAUUCUUUCAGGAAAUAACCUGUUUGGUGAUAUUCCAAAAUCAAUUCUGAGUUGCAAAAGUCUUAACAAGCUUGAUAUUAGCAACAACAGAUUCAAUGGGACGAUACCAAAUGAAAUCUGCAAUAUUUCUCGGUUGCAGUACUUGCUAUUGGAUCAGAAUUCCAUAAGAGGAGAGAUCCCUCAUGAAAUUGGAAUUUGUUCAAAACUUCUUGAAUUACAAUUGGGCAAUAAUUAUUUGACUGGAACUAUUCCUCCUGAGAUUGGUCACAUUAGGAACUUACAGAUAGCUUUAAAUCUGAGUUUCAAUCAUCUUCAUGGACCACUUCCCCCUGAAUUGGGAAAACUGGACAAGCUUGUUUCUCUGGAUGUGUCGAACAAUCGGCUCUCAGGUAAUCUGCCAGCUGAGCUUAAGGGAAUGUUGAGCUUGAUAGAGGUGAACUUCUCGAAUAAUCUGUUUGGAGGCCCUGUACCGACAUUCGUACCAUUCCAGAAGAGUCCUAGUUCAAGUUUUUCGGGCAAUAAAGGGCUUUGUGGAGAGCCAUUGAACUCUUCAUGUGAUCCUUAUGAUGAUCAGAGGACUUACCAUCACAGGGUUUCCUACAGAAUCAUACUGGCCGUAAUUGGUUCUGGUUUGGCAGUUUUUAUUUCAGUAACUGUUGUUGUCUUGCUCUUUAUGAUAAGAGAGAGGCAAGAAAAAGUAGCCAAAGAUGCCGGCAUUGUUGAAGAUGUAAUCGAUGACAAUCCAACUAUAAUAGCAGGGAGUGUCUUUGUUGAUAAUCUAAAACAAGCGGUAGACCUUGAUGCUGUCGUUAAAGCAACUCUAAAAGACUCCAAUAAGCUCAGCAGUGGAACUUUCAGCACAGUUUACAAGGCAAUCAUGCCUUCCGGGAUGGUGUUAUCUGUUCGGAGAUUGAAGUCCAUAGACAAGACAAUAAUCCAACACCAGAACAAGAUGAUUAGAGAGCUUGAGAGACUAGGAAAAGUCUCUCAUGAUAAUCUAGCACGACCCGUUGGCUAUGUUAUUUAUGAAGAUGUUGCUCUUCUCUUGCAUCAUUAUUUUCCGAACGGAACAUUGACUCAGUUUCUUCAUGAGUCUACCUUGCAACCUGAAUAUCAGCCUGACUGGCCUGCUAGAUUAUCCAUUGCCAUCGGAGUCGCAGAAGGUUUGGCUUUCCUUCAUCAUGUGGCAAUUAUCCAUCUUGAUAUUUCUUCUGGCAAUGUUCUUUUGGAUUCAAACUUUAAGCCAUUAGUUGGGGAGAUUGAGAUUUCAAAACUUCUGGAUCCAACCAGAGGCACUGCAAGUAUUAGUGCAGUUGCUGGUUCCUUUGGUUACAUACCCCCAGAAUAUGCAUACACAAUGCAAGUCACAGCACCCGGAAAUGUUUACAGCUAUGGCGUUGUUCUGCUGGAAAUCCUCACAACUCGGCUUCCAGUUGAUGAGGAAUUUGGUGAAGGUGUGGAUUUGGUGAAGUGGGUUCACAGUGCUCCGGUAAGAGGGGAAACUCCAGAGCAGAUACUGGAUGCAAGGCUUAGCACAGUUUCCUUUGGUUGGAGGAAAGAAAUGCUUGCUGCUCUAAAGGUCGCGCUACUUUGUACUGACAACACACCAGCGAAACGACCGAAAAUGAAGAAUGUAGUAGAAAUGCUUCAAGAGAUAAAGCAAAGCUGAGGACAGCAAGCCACUUAGAGUUUUCUGUGCCAUGAUCUACACCAUUGAAGAUUUGAACUAUGUGAAGUAAACCUGUCAUGGAUAUUACAGAGGAACUGAUGUGUAACAACUUUAAAAUAGUAGCCUUGUACCAAGAAUUAUCUUUACAUGGCAAAUUGGUGUAUCAAAGUAAAUUCAAGGUCAUUGGAAUUGAUAGAUCUUCACCUUUCUACUUUGUCCAAAGGGGUAGUGAUGAAAUGGCUCCUUAUCUAUAUGUGUUGGACACUAUAUUAGGUUGGGGGAGGAUAAGUACUAGAAGGGACCUUGAUACAGGAUAUGUCAGUUCCUUUUGAAUAUGAGCUCAUCCACAGUUUCCAUAUUGUAUUGUACUCAUUUGGGAGAUGCAUCCAACUAGUCUGUUCUGUUCACUUUGAAA